CCCCUGAACCUCACAUGACCUUUCUCAAGCAGCAUAAGACCUAAUAAUUAUUUUGGGCUUGAUUGUGACCCCAAAUGAUCUCUCUCCUCCAGUAAAGACCAUCAUACAAUUUUGCCUUGUACGUGACCCCUCAUAUCAUCUUCCUUUUGCAGAUGGGUUGAACGACGUGAUGGCUGAGAUGAAUCUUCAGGUGAGACUCGUAACGGAGGCGAUGCUUUUUAGCUCCGUGACGGUGAGGAUGGCAGAGAUGACCCAAGAGGCUUUCCUGUCUCCUCUCCUCUCCUACUUCAUGGACGGCCUGGCUGCUAUUAUACCUUGUCCUCGGGAAAAUAUCUUUAUCUUCAACAUCCAGGAUGACACAGACGUAGAGGCCCGUAUCCUUAAUGUGAGCUUCUCGGCCAAGCGACCCGAUGUGUUUGGGGAAGAAUUCUACUCACCCCAGUACCUGAGGGAGAGGGUAUACCUCCACAGGGCUGACCUCGUCAAGCUCUCCACUGUUCAGGUGCUGCCAUUUGAUGAUACACUGUGUGUACGGGAGCCCUGCCUCAACUUUGAGGAGUGUCUUAAUGUCCUCAAGUUUGGCAAUGCCUCUGGCUUCAUCUCCUCCAGCAGCAUCCUUUUCCGCCCCAUCUAUCCUGUGAACACUUUUGCCUGCAGGUGCCCCAAGGGAUUCACGGGUAUGCGGGAGUACUACGAGUGUGACACUGAAGUGAACCUUUGCUACAGUAGUCCCUGCGGCAACCAUGGCACUUGCAUGCGGCGUGAAGGUGGCUACACCUGUGUUUGUCUACCAGGAUAUACAGGUAAAGACUGUAAAGUAAACAUGCUAAGCGGAUCAUGUGUGGACGGUGUGUGUAUGCAUGGCAGCAAGUGUACAGGAGUGGCUGGUAAUGGAGGUGGUGCAGGUGGGUUCACUUGUACUAACUGUAGCCGUUCCCUGUACCACACCUCUACUUGCGAGUUAAGAUCACGCCGCUUCUCCAAAGGCUCUUUUCUCACCUUCCCCGCCCUCAAACAGCGGCACAGACUGCACAUCAAGAUCAGCUUUGCCACCCGGAAGUCAAAUGGACUGCUCUUGUACAAUGGUCGCUACAAUGAGAAGCAUGACUUUGUGUCGUUGGAGAUGGUGGAUGGGACUGUGGUUUUCUCCUUCAGCCUAGGCACCUCCACCACAAGGGUUUCUGCCUCCCUUCCUGACGGUGUCGAUGAUGGAGAUUGGCACACCGUCACUGUUGACUACUACAACAGGAGUGCUACCAUCAGCAUAGAUGACUGCGACACAGCUCUGUCUGUCAAGUUUGGUGACAAGAUCGGCAACUACUACUGUGCCAACACAACCUCCCAGAUCCUUGACCCCAGGUGCGCCAUUCUGACGCAGUCCUGUCACCGCUUUCUGGAUGUGACAGGACCACUGCAGGUGGGGGGGCUACCUGCGCUCCCCACCACUUACCAAGUCAAACACCAACACUUUGAGGGUUGCAUCUCAGAUCUUUAUAUUGACCACAAGUUCAUAGACCUUAACUCGUUUGUAGCAGACAAUGGAACGUACCCUGGAUGUCCAGAGAAAAACAGUUUCUGCCGAUCAAAUCCCUGUAAGAAUGGUGGUAGAUGCAGGGAGACCUUUGGCACCUACAUAUGCUCCUGCCUGGAUGGCUGGGGGAGCAAGGACUGUUCACAAGAGGUAGAGGUGGUGAAGCAGUUCACUGGUGAGGGUUUCCUAGUGUUCAGCCCACAGCUACAGACCAUCCAGAUGCCAUGGUUCAACAGCCUCUCCUUCAGAACACGGGAGCAGUUUGGCCUCCUCAUGAUUACAAUGGUGGGCCAGAAUGCCAACAGCAUCAUAGAGUUAGUGGAUGGCUACAUCCAAUACCGCUAUGAAAAUGCAACAAAAAAGCUGUCAGUUGCUCAGAUGGAUGAUGGACUCUGGCAUAAUGUGGAAGUAAAGUGGAUGACUGGAGAGGUGUGGAUCACCCUGGACUAUGGCGACCAUGAAGAGACAGUUAAUGUUGAGGAAAAUAUAUCCAACCUGUAUGUCGGGAAGGUGUCUGUAGGGGGUGUCCAGCCCUCUGACCCAGCCAAAGUCACUAGUUUCAAGGGCUGUAUUAAGGAUGUCCGCGUAGGUAACAGCAAGAAUGCCUGGCUGCGCCCCACCCAUGAAGAAGGUGUACGGGAUGGAUGUGUUGCAUCAGACCCUUGCACUUCCCGUCCCUGCCCACCCAGCUCCCAGUGCAUUAACACCUGGCAAGGCUAUGAUUGCCAGUGUAACAACGGUUACUAUGGUGAAAAGUGUAGUGACAUGUGUCAUUUGAACCCCUGCAGCAACAACGCUUCCUGCGUCCAUGAUAUACACUCACCCAAAGGUUACCGGUGCGAGUGUCCCACCUAUGAGUUCUCUGGGGAGUACUGUGAGGUGGUGCUGGACCAACCUUGUCCAACUAACUGGUGGGGUUACCCAGUAUGUGGCCCUUGUCACUGUGCCAUUGAGAAGGGCUAUGAUGAUGACUGUAACAAGACAAGUGGAGAAUGUCACUGUGAAGAAAACCACUACCAACCUGAACCUUCUGACUCUUGCUAUGACUGUGACUGUUAUCUGGUGGGAUCUUACGGGGGCUCCUGUGACCCCAUCAGUGGUCAGUGCCGUUGUCGUCCUGGUGUCAUUGGUCGGCGAUGUGAUCAGUGUGCAAAUGCUUUUGCUCAAGUGACCAUCAUGGGCUGUGAAAUUGUGUAUGAUGGAUGCCCCAAAAAUUUUGCGGACUUGAUUUGGUGGAAUGAGACACCUUUUGACGGUACAACAGUGCAACAGUGUCCGUACGGUGCCCAGGGUCUAGCCUCUCGCAUUUGCCAGAGAGAAAUUGGCUGGGGGCCUCCAGACAUGUUCAAUUGUGUGUCGGACACUUUUGUAGAGUUGCGAGACUUGCUUGAGAGUUUAGAAAAUCAAGAACUGGAAAUAACAAAAUACCUGGCAGUGAAAAUCUCGGAGGACCUCAACUAUGCCUGCUCUGUUACACCUGCCAUGUGGGGUUCAGAUGUCCUCAUUGCCUCACGACUUCUCAUCCUCCUCCUGGAGUAUGAGACUCGCCAGGAGGGACUCAACCUGACACAUCGUCAAGAUCGACAUUACAUCCAAAACCUGGUAGAGUCAGCAUCUGUGGUCCUGCAGCCCAUCUAUGCCCCACACUGGCAGAGGAUCAAUGGUGUUGAAGGAUUUGGUGCAGACUCCUUGCUGACCAAAAUGGACGAGUAUGUGGCUACUCUUGCUACUAGCCAAGGCGACACUUAUACAACUCCCUUUGAAAUUCCUACAAAACAUGUUGUGUUUGGCAUGGACACGGUGUCAGCAGACGAGCUGUAUGGGUACAGUCAGUCUGGCUUUGUGGUGGGUCACGAUGACAGAGUGGACCACGUGAUCAUCCCCGAGACGUCUUCCUUGGUGGACAAACGUUACCCAGGACAGGGCCGGGUCUCUGUCAUUAUUCCUAAGUAUAACAACUAUCUCAAGAACCAACAGACAUGGGUCCACAGCACCAACAUUCGCAUUCCUUUGUCACUGGUUGGCAUCCCAGAUGUUAAGCAGGAUGAGACCUCGACCUCAGGCACCCUAGGCACUACUCGGGCGGUGGUGAGCUAUGUGGUGUUCCGAUCCCUGGGCAUACUGCUUCCCGAGACUUAUGAUGCAGACGUGGAACAGCGAUGGGGUGUGGGCUUAGCUGUGCGCUCUCCAGUGUUUACUUUGGCUGUGCACACCUCCGACGGUGGCCUGGUGGAAAACACACUUCCUGUUGAUGUGAGGCUCAGGUUCCGUUUGGGCCACGUUGGAAAACGAGCCAACCCCCAGUGUGUCACCUGGGUCACUAAACCUGACAGUAGCGAGGGUGUGUGGACGCGAGAAGGGUGUGACACCAGCGACCCAGAGCAAGGCCAUGGUGACUACAUCAACGACACCUUCAUUAACUGUACCUGUAACCACCUCUCCAGUUUUGCUGUCAUCCUUAAUGAUGCUGAAGCAGAGUUCAUGGCUGAACCAUCCAUUGCCGAGGACGUGACGACAUACACAGGGCUGGUUCUGUCGCUGGUACUGCUGCUGAUGGCCUUCAUUGCCUUCUGCUUACUGCGUGGGGCCCAGACCAACUCCAACACCAUCCACAAAAACCUCACAGUUUGCCUCUUCCUUGUCCAGCUCCUCUUCUUAGCUGCUCUGAAAAUAAGACACAUUCUUGUGCAGCAGGAGUUUCCCUGCAAGUUGGUGGCCAUUGGCUUACACUACUUCUGGCUGUGUGUGUUCACCUGGCUGCUGAUAGAAGGCGUCCACCUUUACCGGAUGUUGACCGAGAUGAGGGAUGUGAACCACGGCCAGAUGCGUUUUUACUACUCCUGUGGUUAUGGUCUUCCUGCCAUCAUUGUUGGACUGUCUGUUGGAGUCAGGGCAGACCAGUAUGGGAACUAUUUCUUCUGCUGGUUGUCUAUCUAUGAGUCUGUGGUAUGGGCAUUGGUUGGCCCCAUCUGUGCCAUUGUCAUCAUCAUCCUACUUGUGUUUGUCAUGGCUAUCCGUGCCUCACUCACUCUCAAAGGUCAUGUGGAAGGAUUCGGUAAUCUAAGAACUCUUCUGUGGUUGGGGAUCCUGUUCCUACCACUGCUGGGAGCCACCUGGGUCCUGGCUGUCUUGUCUGUAUCAGAAGAUCUGGAAAUAUUGCAUUACUUCUUCUCCGUCUUCUCGCUCCUGACAGCAGUAUUCAUCCUGGUAGGGUACUGCCUCCUCAACAGUCGUGUUCGAGACUCUCUUUACUUCAUGUUCCUCACGUGUACGGGGAAGAAGGUGCCAUACCAGGAGUCCCUCAGUGUUACCAGGACCUCUGUGGUCUCGCGAUCAGCUUUAACAUACAAUGAUGACUUCAAUAUUCUGCGGCGCAACAUUGGGAUAUCCACCGCCAGCACCACCUCCCGCUCUACCUGCAAGACUUCUAGUUCUCCUUAUAGCCGUAGUGAUGGAGUGGCUGUAGGUGGACGGGUUCCUUCCUCUAGCACCCCCAGCAACUACAAUUCCAACACUGACCUCAACUCUCAGUCAGUCAAGUCACCUUAUGCCUACAAUGACUCCACGAUGUUCCACAGAAAGCACGGUGCUGGAGCCCGUAGCACCAAGCGCAGGGAGAGUGAGAGUGAAAGUGAGCUGAGCCUGGACCAUCGUUCCUUAGACCUGGCAUCUUCCCACUCCAGUGAUGAGGACGACACCACCACACACAAUGGCACACUUAGAGUCAAUGAGCGAAGGACCAACCCACCACCAGAAGUUCCACCCAAGCCAUCUAGCUACAUGCCCAACAUUUAUGACUUGGACACGACAGCAGAGGCACUGCCCCCUCCUCCUCCUGGCAUGAUCGGUGGCCCAGGCCCUACUGGCUCCCCGCUCCUUCAUAACAUACGCCCUCUCUUUGCUACACGCUGGUCUAAUCAGCUGCCACCAGCCAAUCCAGGCAUUUAUAAAGAACAUAAUAUAACAUCACCACUGUGGGCCAGUGAGAGGUUAUCCACCACAACAGCGUCAGAUAAUGAGAUGCCGGAUAAAGCAGACAACUUGAGAGUGGAAUCUCGUCCUGCCUUAUCUCGCUAUAUGGACCAGGCUCGCUCCCGAUAUUCUCCUGCUGAAAACCAGUUUGGAACUUAUUCACCAAGCACAAAGCAUCGUUACUCUCCAGACACAAAGAAGUUCUCUACGGUAGACUCCAGGCGGUACUCACCAGAUACCAGAAGAUACUCCCCAAAUACUUCUCAGUUACACUCACAUGACAAUUACUAUCAGGAAAAUCCAUAUUCUCAUGAAGUUAAGCGAAUAUCACCCGAGAAUCUAGUAGUAAGAACAGAAUCUCGGGCGAGCAGAACAAGUGUAGACAGUGCUGACAAGAAGCGGUAUACACCACCCAGCCAUCAGCAGCAAGUUUAUACACCACAGAGUCAAAAACGGUUCCUCCACAAUCUAGCAGAAGACCCAAGUCCUGAGGCUCUGCCAGCACCCGUGGUGAGCAGCAUGGGUGGGGGGGACAACAUGAUGGAAGUAAAUAACCUCAACAUCUCUCCCUCCGACCCCCCUCCACCCUCGCCUCCCCCAACCCUCCCGGCUGCUCUUGUCACCACCCACAAGAUCUCCGCCCUUACUCUAGGCAUCUCUGACUCUGAGGAAGAUUAAGGUAAAAUUGCAAAGACAGUACUGAGACCACUGUCUGACAGAGAGACGGGGAUGUCGCCGAGGCCCAGCACCGGGGAGUAACACAGCACAAGACAUAUAGAUCUAAAUAGAAAAGACAUAAAUUAAGAUGUUAAGAAAUUCAUAAAGCCAACUUUAUUUUUAAUACUACGUGAUGAGUUGAAACAAUGACAUGUUAGCAGUUAGGUACACAUAUUGACUAUACAAGGAUCAGCAGAAAGAAUAUUAAAUGAUAAAAUCUCCAGAAAAAUCUUUUUGAUUUGUGAGAUUUGUAAUUGAAUAUGUUCAUUAUAAAUUACUUCCUUUUGCAAUCAG